GAGUGAUUCUUGGUUAUUGAUUAGCUGGAUAUUGGGGAUAGGGUUAUUCUGAAUUACCAGUCUUGUUGUUAUUGGUUCUGCCUUACGGCGUCCCGCCUGGCUCACUCUUGUCCCGUUUCGCGUUUCGGUAUUCGGCUGAGUGGAGAUGGGUGAGAUGGUGCUGGAGGAGCUGGAGGAUCUGAUGCAUUUCUCGGUGCACGAUCUACCGAGCCGCGGGUACUCAGUGAUGGAGGAAAUCCGAAGACAGGGCAAACUCUGCGAUGUCACACUGAAGGUGGGAGAACAUAAGUUUAGUGCCCAUCGGAUUGUUCUAGCUGCUUCCAUUCCCUACUUCCACGCCAUGUUCACUAACGACAUGGUGGAGUGCAAACAGGAUGAGAUCGUCAUGCAAGGCAUGGACCCCAGUGCACUCGAAGCUCUUAUCAACUUUGCAUAUAAUGGACACAUCGCCAUAGAUCAGCAGAACGUUCAGGCGCUGCUGAUCGGGGCCAGUUUCCUGCAGCUGCAGAACGUCAAAGACGCCUGCUGCACUUUCCUUCAGGAGAGGUUGCAUCCAAAGAACUGCCUGGGUGUGCGGCAGUUCGCUGAGACCAUGAUGUGCACUGGGCUGUACGAUGCAGCCAACAGCUUUGUGCACCAGCAUUUUGUGGAGGUUUCCAUGUCGGAGGAGUUCCUGAGCUUACGGCCGGAGGAGGUGCUGGAGCUGGUGGGCUGUGACGAGCUCAACAUCAAGGCUGAGGAACAGGUGUUUGAAGCCGUUCUGACGUGGGUGCGACAUCAGCGGGAGGACCGCGAGCCCUGCCUGCCUGAGCUGCUCUCAAAGACGAGGCUGCCCCUGUGCCGACCCCAGUUCCUGGCUGACCGGGUCCAGCAGGAUGAGCUUGUGCGCUGCUGCCACAAGUGCAGGGAUCUAGUUGAUGAGGCGAAGGAUUACCAUCUAAUGCCGGAGCGACGUCCACACCUGCCUGCAUUCAAGACACGUCAGAGGUGCUGCACAUCCAUCGCUGGGUUAAUUUAUGCUGUCGGAGGCCUCAACAGUGCAGGUGAUUCGUUAAAUGUGGUUGAAGUGUUUGACCCAAUCGGUAACUGCUGGGAACGCUGUCAGCCAAUGAGCACAGCGCGGAGCCGAGUGGGUGUGGCUGUAGUCAAUGGGCUGCUUUAUGCUAUUGGGGGUUAUGACGGUCAGUCUCGACUCAGCACAGUUGAAGUCUACAAUCCUGAAACGGACACGUGGAGCAAGGUAGCCAGCAUGAAUAGCCAGCGCAGUGCAAUGGGAACAGUGGUGGUGGACGGACACAUAUACGUGUGUGGUGGUUACGAUGGAAAAUCUUCACUCAAUUCGGUAGAGUGCUAUUCUCCUGAAACUGACAGGUGGGUGGUAGUGACAGAGAUGAGUGCAAGUCGUAGCGCAGCAGGUGUGACUGUAUUUGAAGGAAGAAUAUUUGUCUCUGGCGGACAUGACGGUCUACAGAUUUUCAACACGGUGGAGUACUAUAAUCAGCACACGGCCCUGUGGCACCCCAUGGCUCCCAUGAUGAACAAGCGGUGUCGGCAUGGCGCGGCAGCUGUAGGCAGCCAGCUGUACAUCGCUGGAGGCUACGAUGGCUCUGGCUUUCUGAGUGGCGCUGAAGUUUACAGCUCCGUGGUGGAUCAGUGGAGCCACCUAGUGCCUAUGAACACACGGCGCAGCCGCGUCUCCCUGGUGGCCAGCUGCGGCCACCUCUACGCUGUGGGAGGCUACGACGGACAGUCCAACCUCAACUCUGUGGAGAUGUACGACCCGGAGACCAACCGUUGGACGUUUAUGGCACCCAUGGUCUGCCAUGAAGGUGGGGUGGGGGUCGGGUGUAUACCCCUUCAGCCAGCCUAGCACUGCUGUGUGACUUGACAGGGGGGACCAAACAUAAUUUUAUACUGUUUUUUAUGUUUUUACUAAAGGGUGGACUUCUGAAAUGCAUUCGUGAUGGCGAUUCUGGUGCCCUUGGUGUGCACGUAUGCAUUUGAGGCUCCAAGCUCUUGGCUACUGAAAGCCAAGAGUGGUGCAGACCGCCAUCAGCGAUGUGGAGAAACGAUUUGUUUGUGUUUUUUUUUUUAAACAACUGGCAAUGACCAGUGCUUCCUUUUGAGGCGUGGGCGCCGUCAGAAGCUGCUAGUAUGAGUCAGACUGCAUGGUCCUGUGGUUCGUGCGGCGCUCUAUGCAUUUUCUCUGAAGUGAGAAGUGGCAGACGGAAGAAACAGACAGAACAGUCUGUUUGAUACAAUAGAAAAUAGAGUCGAUUAAAUCCUUAGAGGAGGGGAUUAGUUUUACCUAGAGAGGUGGAGUAAUGUAAUGUAAUUUCACUACUGGAAGAUUGUCUGUGAAAUGAGAUUCACUUAGGAUAAAAAGAAAUAUAGGUAUAAAUGAGAUACGACUUAAUACUUGAUUUAUACCCUGCCAUUUCCAAACAGUUGAUGUCUGAUAUGUAUUUAAUCUGUAAAAUGACUGACAUGGUGAAUUCAGACAGGAUUAAAAUCGCUGAGAAACUCCAGGUAAAACUAAUUCUGUCCAGAUAAGGUUAAAGAAAACAAAUGUUGCACUCUGAAUUGGAGCGCCUUGGGUAUACAGACCACUUUACUGUCAGUGUGUGUUUGUGUCUGUGUGUGUUUUGUGUGUGUGUGUGCGCAUUCAGGUGAACAGAUACUGUGUGUAAGAUACAGAUAUAAGGGAUAGAAUUAAGAGAUAUUUGCUUGGACUAAACAUUGGCACUUCUGAACUGGAAGCUUAGGUAGGACCUAAUGCUGCAUUUACACUGGUCUGAACAUGAAUAUUCUCUGUUCUUUAGCUGGACACGUCUUAAUCAGUUUUCAAAUCACUUUAAAAUAAAUAAAUACAAGCAUAAAAAAUAACCUCAAAUAAUGCAAAGAAAAGUUCAUAUUGAGAAGUUUGAAGAGUUCAUAAAUCAAUAUUUGGUGGAAUAACCCUGGUUUUUAAUCACAGUUUCCAUGUAGCUUGGCAUGUUCUCCUCCACCAGUCUUACACACUGCUUUUGGAUAAUCGUAUGCCAUUCCUGUUCAGCUUAAAUAUAUAUAUAUAUAUAUAUGAGUGGUUAGUGUGUUUAGCAUAAACUAUUUCACAUAAAAUUGUUAAUAUUGUAGAUAUACAGUGUAGAAUCAACAGAUCAGUAGUGUGAAUCGCAGGGUGCAGUGAUUCUGAGAAGACAAUUCUCUACAAUUAUUCACAUCACCUGUGUUACUGAAAAGGAUAGAAUACUCCUAAAUAAGUAAAUACCAAAAAUAAUGGUUUUAUUGGUGUCAGUUUAACAAAAUAAAACAAUCAGUAUUCUUCACCACAGGUUUACCUAACCUAACCCUAGUUUACCGUAUUCGUUUGAUUAGUACCACCAUGUGGAGUAAUAAGGCAGUUACUUUAGUGAGUCAAGUUGGGGGACGAGUCUUCUAUAAAAAUGUAUAUCCAAUCCUUAUUUGAUGCCACCUAAAGAUUGUAUUGUGUAAAUUUAUUGCAAACGAAAACUAUACGAUAUAUCACAAUAUUAAUAUUUUGGCCCACCCGUAUUCAAAGCAUAAGCAGAAACUCCAGCUAUCAUCUGAUUGUAUAGACACAUCUUGCCCAUACCCAUCAUGCACUGUACAGCUGUGACUGAUAGAACCACUGCUUCCCUUUUAACAUGAAUGGAAUACGCACUGGUGUGUGCACAGCGGAGCAGUGUAAAUGCAGCGUAAGAGAGAAUACCAGGGAACCACUGAAGGUUUAUGCCAAGUAAAUAGGUACUUUCUGUUUGGGAGAACAUGAUCAAUCAGAUCUAAUUUUUAGGGAUCUGAAUCUGAGUGACUCUGUGUCUUCUGUUCUUUUUUAUAAUGUUUGGGAUCCUGUACUGACUAAAUGGUGUGGUUAAAGUGCAGCAGCUGAACUCUGACUGCACAGGACGUCCUAACAGAUGUGCCAUGGUCCGACCAUACAUCCACCCUGCAGGACGCGUCCGGACACUUGAUUCACUUGAAACUCUGUGAACUCUGACUGAGAGACAAAUACAUACAACUCUGUCAGGUUUGUCACUCUUGUGCCAGCUGCUCACCAGGCGCCACCUAGUGGGAUGAAGCAGUUCUGAUCAGUUGUGAUGAGUAAUGACUGAGGGGAUGGCCUGACUGUCUGUCGGUUUAGACUGCUGUCUGAGUGUGUGUUGGUUUCGUUUGGGUGUAAAGAUGGAGGGGAGUUAAUGGAGAGCAGUAAGAGGUACAGUGAUGUUUCAGGUGUAAUUACCUGUAGACCAGCGUCAGCAGUGUGGGUUAAUUAUGGGCAGUGCAGAGGCCUGUUCCUGUUGUGGUGGGAGGUGUAGUGCAGAAUCAGGGCUGGGAGGGUGCACGUGUGGUUAUGUGGCUGGUUUCUGCGUGAUUGCAGAUUUUAAUUUGGGAUUAAUGACUGUGAAUUUUGUGGAUGAUAUGUUUUCUCCUCUCUUUUGGCCAUCGCUCCAUUUUUCUGCUCAUCUUCUUUUAUGAUGGAUUUUGUAAGACAUAUUACAUUGCAUAUUGUAACGUUCGGUCAUGGUGCAGUAUUUUUACUACUUUUAAAGUUCUGGACCACAGAGUUUGUAUUUAUUUUUAGUUCUAUUUGUUUUUUUAGUUUUUUUUUUUUACAGCGUUGCACAUAAUAGUUUGAUAAUUUUUCUGUCUCAAAUUUGAGAAUCAAGCUAAACGUUUAUAGAUGUAUAAUAUAUAUAAACAGAAGAUCUUAUUAUUGAUAUGUGGAGCAAUGAAUCUGUAGGGUUUUUUCUGUCAGUCGUACGAAUCUAUAGCUACCUCCGUUUGAGAUGGGAGAGGACAGGUAGGGCUGGACAUGGACCGGCGCUGUGCCUGUGUCCCUACCACCACUUCUUUUUAAACUGAAGGAUCUCAAAACCAGUAACUGAUCUCUAUCUCUGUUUCUCUCUUUCAUUAUUCACAUUAUGGAUUCGCAGGUGUCUUAAAUAAAUCAUGUCUUUUUUAACAAA